AUGGCUCCCAUUGCUAUCACCCCCCCACCGGUCGAGCCAAAGCAGGUUCGACCUAGCAUGCAACGUGCCAAUACUGCCAAUAUGGGCACGAAACGAAAGAUCAUCUGCUUUUCAGAUUUCGACGGCACGAUCUUCAUGCAGGAUACCGGUCAUGCCCUUUUCGACAAUUUCGGCUGCGGUCCGGAGAGAAGGAAAGUGCUCGCACACCAGCUAGAGUCGGGAGAACGCACGUUCCGAGAAGUCUCUGAUGAGCUUUAUGCCUCACUCGACGUGCCCUUCGAGGACUGCUUCGAAGUUAUGAAGACAGCCUUGGACAUUGAUCCCGACUUCCAGACCUUCCACGAGUUCUGUGUCAACAACAGCAUCCCCUUCAACGUCAUCUCCGCCGGCCUUAAGCCCGUAUUACGAAGAGUUCUCGACCAUUUCAUUGGAGAAGACAUGAGCAAACAUAUUGAAAUUGUCGCCAACGAUGCCAAAGUCACCGCAACCGAAGAGGGAAACAAGUGGCAAGCAGUCUGGAGACACGAGUGUGAACUUGGCCAUGACAAGGCUCGGUCAAUCAACGAAUACAAGGCUGCUGCCCGAAUGGAAAGUGACAACGGCACAAUACCAAUGAUCGUGUUCAUCGGUGACGGCGUCUCAGAUCUCCCCGCCGCACGCGAGGCCGAUGUGCUUUUCGCGCGCCGAGGCCUGAAGCUCGAAGACUACUGCGUCGAGCACAACAUCGACUACAUACCCUUUGACACAUUCGCCGAUAUCCAGAAAGAAGUUAUCAAGAUCGCCAAGGUCGACGAACAAAAGACUCGCGGCAAAGGGCUUCCCUCCAACUUCAACCCUCGUGCGAACAUGUGGAGAAGAGUCAGCAGCAGAGCCGCCGUGCCCAUUUUUGCCGCGCUCUCUCCGGCAAAGGAGGAAAAGGCUUUCCUGUGGCCAGACACCUUCACCACGCCAGCGACCGUGCCGCACAAUGUGGAGGCGAAGGUGGCUGUCGCUGCUCCUGUGGCAUAA